AAACCAUGAAGGCCACAUUACUUGAUGCGGUUCACACACGUUUUUACCUUGUGGAAAAGGAACCCCUCUAUGCCGUGGCAACAAUGCUAGAUCCACGCUAUAAAGACAAGUUCUUCACCAAUGCUACCAACCUGGAUCAGGCAAAGGAAGCACUAAAGGUAGAGGUGAUGAAAAUGGACCAAGAACUGAAAACCAUGCCCUCUGGAGAAGGUGUAGCUGAGGCUGAGACAGCAAGACAAACAACAGGAAUGGAGGCUGGAAGCUCAACCAGCAGCCUGGGCAGCUUCUUUGACGAGAUACUGGAGGAGAGCUGCACAGCAGGUCCGUCUGAGGAGCAGCAGAUCACCCCAGGGGCACUGUUUCAGUUGGAGAGCUACCUCAGUGAGCCUCCACUUGGGCGCAAGAGCAAUCCUUUUCACUACUGGAGAGACAAUCAGGCUCGACUACCCACCCUGGCAGCAACAGCAGCCAAGUUCCUCAGUGCUCCUUGCACCAGCGUUGAGAGUGAGAGGCUUUUUAGCACAGUCUCACUCAUCAUUGAUGAACACAGGAGCAGGCUGACACCUGAGCAUCUUGAAAUGCUUGUCUUUGUAAAAAAGAAUUUCCCCAGCAUGCUCGGACUGCAGUCAGGGCAAACAGUUGAAGGGAGUGUGUAGAUGAAAAUGGAGCAACAAAGUGUGGAGGAGAUUGGGGAGUAGACGGCAUUUUUGUUUUUAAAUAGUUUACAGUAUUAUUUGCACUGAUUUUUAAAGCCUUGGUUUACACUUGUUCAAGAGAAGAGUACUGAUGCUGAGUUAAUAGACUAUAUUAUAGAUACAGAUAAGGUUGUUUAUGUGCUUUGCUUUUUUGAUACAGUUUACAGUCUUAUUUGCACUUUUUACUGACCACUGAUGCCAUUUCUGUUUUUUUAUUUAUAA